AUGCACGUUAAUAUAAAUCAUGUGGAUAAUUAUCGCGUUGGGAAUAACGACGAAUGCGUCGUGAACUACUUGAAGCAGAGUAAACAAGUGAAUCUCUUUAAAUAUGAUGCAAAUUUUGAUGAAAAACGAUUGAAGAAAAAAAGGAAAGCCUUUAAAUUUAAUUUUGAGUAUCAAUUUAAGGUUACUGAGUGUAAGGACAAUAAUUUGAAUAUCCUCAUGAAAGAUAUUUGCGACAAUUUUUGUGACCUUUCCGAGAAUUAUAUGGAGAAGGACAUUCUGGUUUUGCAGCUUGGGUCGUAUUGUGUUUCGGCUGUGUACUAUUGGCAUGUGUUUCAUCACUACAAAUUUUUUUUCACCAAAUAUAUUUACUUGCGUCUACUCGAUUUGUACAAGAAGAGCAAGGAUUUGUUUCGCGAGCCGCUGCUCCUCGCUUACGUGUUGUCCAAGCGGCUGAACAAGGACCUGUACCGCGACUUUGUGAUUCUCAUGAACAUUGACAUUUCGCAGAUUCAGAACAAGCUCCCUGAGUCCGACUUGCUCGUUCGCUGA